AGGCUCUGGAGUUCACCGAUGUUGGAAAAUUGCCUCUUCUUGUGAUUGGUGCGUGUGUAAUGUAGGAUCGUUCCACUUUUAAUACGUCGGGUACGGAGAAAUUUUGGAGACAUGAACUUAUUCUCUACCUUCAUCGUCGCUGUUCUAGUUUUAUUGCCUGGCCGCAACUGUGACGAGCACAACCAUAAGUACAAGGAUGAAGACGAAGUCGUACUUUGGAUGAAUACUGUAGGUCCGUAUCACAAUAGGCAGGAAACUUAUAACUACUUUUCGCUGCCGUUUUGUCCUGGACCGAAGCAGCACAUAAGCCAUUAUCAUGAAACUCUCGGCGAAGCUUUACAGGGAAUCGAGCUGGAGUUUUCUGGUUUGGAUAUCGAUUUCAAAGUUAAUCGAGCUAAAGAGGCCUUCUGUGAAGUGCAACUGACUGAUGAACAUUUGAAGACAUUCAUAUAUGCUGUGAAGAACCAUUACUGGUACCAGAUGUACAUCGACGACUUACCGAUUUGGGGAAUUGUCGGUGAAAUCGAUCCGGAUGACAACUCCUACUACAUUUGGACCCAUAAGAAGUUCGAUAUUGGUUACAACCGAGACCAAAUCGUAGAUAUAAAUCUUACUUCGGAGUCGAAGACGAAGCUGGUCGCAGGAGCGCAUAUAAGCUUCACGUACGAAGUCAACUGGACCCCGAGCGAAGUUAAAUUCGAAGAUCGUUUCGACAAAUAUCUCGAUCCAAUGUUUUUCCAUCAUCGAAUUCAUUGGUUCAGUAUCUUCAACUCAUUUAUUAUGGUCAUCUUCCUGGUUGGUUUGGUAUCCAUGAUCCUCAUGAGAACUUUGAGGAAGGAUUACGCCAGGUAUUCGAAGGAAGACCACGAUAUGGACGACGUAGAACGCGACUUGGGCGACGAAUACGGGUGGAAACAGAUUCACGGCGAUGUUUUCCGUGGACCCAGCAAUGCGCUUUUGUUUUCUGCGCUCAUAGGAUCUGGUUAUCAAAUCGCCAUAGUAACGUUCCUCGUUAUAGUUAUGGCUAUACUCGGAGAAUUGUACACUGAAAGAGGUACGAUGAUGAGCACAUCUAUCUUUGUAUAUGCGGCCACCGCCCCCGUAAACGGGUAUUUUGGAGGAAGUCUGUACUCAAGACUCGGUGGAAGAAGGUGGAUCAAGCAAAUGAUCGUUGCUACAUUUUUGGUGCCUGUUCUGGUCUGCGGAACAGCUUUCGGGAUUAACUUCAUUGCCAUGGCUUAUCAUGCAUCGCGUGCAAUCCCGUUCGGGACAAUGUUGGCCGUUACUUGCAUCUGCUUGUUUGUGAUUCUUCCUCUGAGCUUGGUUGGGACGGUUUUGGGCAGAAACCUGAAUGGCCAAGCAGAUUAUCCGUGUAGGAUCAAUGCUGUGCCUCGUCCAAUCCCAGAAAAGAAAUGGUUCAUGGAACCCACUGUCAUCAUCCCAGUCGGAGGCAUUCUCCCGUUUGGAUCAAUCUUCAUCGAGAUGUAUUUCAUUUUCACUUCCUUUUGGGCGUACAAAAUUUACUACGUGUAUGGGUUCAUGCUGCUGGUAUUUCUCAUUUUGGCCAUCGUAACUGUGUGCGUUACAAUCGUUUGCAUCUAUUUUCUUCUGAAUGCGGAAGAUUAUCGAUGGCAAUGGACUAGUUUCCUUGCUGCCGGAUCGACGUCGGUUUACGUCUACGCCUACUCCUUCUACUACUUUUUCUUCAAAACCAAGAUGUAUGGGCUAUUUCAAACUGCGUUCUACUUCGGAUACAUGGCGCUGUUCAGUCUGGCGUUGGGGCUGAUGUGCGGAACACUCGGCUACGCUGGCACGAGUUACUUCGUCCGCAAAAUAUACUCCACUGUGAAGAUCGAUUAAUCGCGUAGUCGGUGCGCAAACAGGAAGCUUUUUUCCACUUCCCGUCUCCAGCGUCUCUCGUUCGAUUUUUUUUUUUUUUCGCACGGCCUCGAAGAGGAAAGAAGGAAAAGCCAUUCCGUUUUAGUUUUUCUCGCGUCUCCUUUUUUCGUUACCAAGGAAAGACUUGAAUCGUGGAGGGGAUUUUAAGCACAUGAGAGCGUUCGAGUGUAUUUUUUGCUGUCCUCGCUCGUUGAGGCACUGAGUUAGGUUUGUGAAUCGAAGGGUGAUACUGCAUUGAGUUUUCGUUUCGAGUCCCACUGAACAAUUAUUUGAACUUACUGUUUGGGCUAUUGGGGACAACCGUGACCUGUUUGUGUUUCCUGUAGAUCCUUGCGAAAUCUGCAUGAGCUAAGCAGAAAGCCGUGGGGGUGGGGGGAUGUUGACAACACGGGAUUUGUUUACGAAAAUCUCGAGUAUUGAACGAGGAAGAAAAAUAUGGCUGAUCGAAGUGAGGCACAAGUUUGGGAACGGUUUCCCCUAUCGUAUAGCUUCGUAAUCGACUCGUUUCUUUAUGAAUGUGUGUUGGACAUGUGAAGGGGAGCGUGUUCCAGGUUGUUUUUUUUUUCAGCGUUGGAUUUGUUUCCAUUAUUCGUUCGUGUUUUUUUCGGAGAAGGGGUUUUGAGUUCAGUGUUUUCCGGCGAGGAAGAAUUUUGAGAUUUGAAUUGCACCGAGAAUUGACGACGGAGUUCUGUGGUGUGAUUGGAGGAGUCAAUAAAAAUGCUAUUGUGUUGUUC